GAUAAUUGCUUCCUAUACAUGUGGUUCAUUUGUCAUGAAUCUAGUCAUACUUGUUAAUCAGUGACUUAAACUCUUUAAGUUGUCUUUAGAAGUCAGUUUACCUGGUUAAUUCAGGCAACCCAUUCUAUGAUCUAAUUGCACUAGGGAAGAAGGAGUACUUGUACAAAUAUAUGUCCAAACAUAUGGAAUGUUAGCACAUGGGACUUACUUUAAAAGUUACAGUAUUUCAUUUUUAGUUGCGUUCUCUGCUGGCAUCAGUGCAAUAUUCGCAACAGAGAGUUGUUUACCACCGAAUCUAUCAAUGUCUACAUCAGAUGGAGUUGGUUGCGGAUUGGAUAAUGUAAAUCUUACUGAGGAGGACAGACCUGCACAAGUUCCAGCGGAGCCAGGCAUGUGGUCUGGUCAGCUUAUCCGUAGUCCUUUGGCCAGAGCAGUGUACAAUAAGUUAAAGGAGGAUGAGAGAAAUAAAAAUGACAGACAUGUAUAUUGGUACAGAGUUGUGACGAGUAGAUUUUCUCCAGAUUUACAGAGCAAAUUUAUCCAGUUUGAUCAGGAUGAAGGGACAGAUGAGUUUCUGGACAACUGUUUGGAAAAGUCUAACCAAGUCUUCACUCAGUUAUUUUAUUCUGUGGCAAGACCAAUCCUGAACUUUUUUAUGUCGCAAACUUCAAUCAAUGGAUUCCUGUACAGAGGUUCCAUGUUUGUUUUCUCUAAGGCACAAUUUGAAAAACUUUUGCAAUUAUCACCUUAUUACAAGGGAGAGAACCUCUUGGACUUGGGGGCAGGAGAUGGGAGGGUCACCAAACAAAUGUCUGGUUACUUCUACACAACCUAUGCCACAGAGAUGUCAGGAGUUAUGGUCAGAAGAUUGACAGCUGAAGGGUUCAAAGUGCUGGAAGUGGAAGAGUGGUCAUCUAAUGGGAUCAAGUAUGAUCUGAUAUCAUGCUUGAACCUAAUUGACAGAUGUGAUAAGCCCUUAACAUUGCUUGCGGACAUUCGCAAGAGUCUCAAAGCAGGAACUGGCAGGGCCCUUAUUGCUGUUGUGAUACCUUUUAAACCAUAUGUUGAAUUUGGUUCUAAGACCCACCAGCCAACUGAAUAUCUACACAUAAAAGGAUCUAAUUUUGAGGAACAGGUUGAGCAUUUUAUCAGCAUCUUCAAACAGUCUGGCUUUGAGGUGGAAAACUUUACCCGUCUACCUUACUUGUGUGAAGGGGACCUUCGGCACACAUUCUACAUGUUGACGGACGCUCUAUUUGUACUGAGGUCUAGUGGGGAUGUCUCCUGAUGCCUCUUUUAAGUCAUCUAUUUAAAUUGAUGUUAAUCAUAGACCCGAGACUGUCAAUUCCAAUUGGAGGUUAAAAAAAACCUUUGAUCAAAUGAUCUAAACACAAAAGACCGACUCUGCUGUAAUGUACUGGUUAAAAAGGAAACAGUGAAGCGAAAUGCAAUCAGGAUACAUAAUAUUGUUUUUAUCUUUUAAAUUUUAUAGUCAUCAACACAUUAAUAUGUGAUCUAAAUUAGAAUAAUAAGACAUUUAUUGAAUCAAGCAACAAUUAAAACUUUACAGUGGAAACAUUAGGUUAAUGUAAACUCAUGAAAGGGAGAUAACUAUAUAAUAAAAAGUAAUUUUUUUUUUCUACGAGUUUCUUAGUUCUGGACAUUUUAGCAAUGCUGUUCUAUGCAAAACUACUGCUGGUUGGUUGAAAUGCAAACCAUAUGGUCCAUUUGCUACCUUAAAACUGUAACUCCCUGGAACAUAUAUAUUUAAAACAGAUUGGCCUUAUGGUCAUCAAUGCAUUCAGACUUCAAGAAAACUUACAGAACUGGUUGCUUUAAUUUGUGGCUGAUUAUGAAAGCUUAUGAAAACCAUAAAACUUAAUUUGACAUUAAUUUUUCAAUGCUUCCUUCAUUAUUCAGUGCUGCCCUGAAGCUGAUGUACAAUAAUGUGUACCUUUAGCCUAUAUAUUAUUUACUAGACAUAUAUUGCCUGCGGGUGUUAAUUUGCUUAUCACUGUUGAUAUAUCAAAUAAGCUAAUUCACGACAGUCACUGAGAGUGUUUUGUAAUCAAUUAAAUGAAAUAAUAAUGUUAUAAGUAAAGCAAAUGCGUGAAUGUAAAAAUAAUAUGAAUGAAGCUAUCAAAAUAGCUAAUCAACCUAACUCCAUUUUUUGAAAUAAAAACAUUUGCUUGUAAGCCUACAUAUAUUUGAUUCAAAUAUGAAAAAAAUAGACUUAAUUUUGUAUGUUCAUGUGUUAAAGUAUAAAGUAGAUCUUGAGUUAGACAUAGAUCUAAAUCUAGACUAAUCUAGAGUUAAAUAUUGGCUUGGAGAGUUCAUUCUGCAUUGCGAGAAGGCUUUGCUCUGCGCAUGCGUGACCUUUUUUUAGUUUGCAAUUCAUGAAUGAAUAUAUCUCAACACAGCUUCGCAGCUUUAGCCAACGAAUGUAUGAAAAAUGCUUUAGAAAAACAAAUUUGAAUGUUAAUUUGAUUAAAAUAUGAAAUGAAUGGACUAUAAUUAGUAUGUUAAUGUGUUUAAUUAUAAAACUAUCUUUGCGAAGAGAAGUUGUAUCAUCUAAGAGUGGAAUUAGAGUUUUAGACCUAGGAAUGGAGAGAGGUGUAACAUUUCGCAUAAGGUCUAAUGAAAGAAUGUUCGUCAGGAAUUCUAAAUUCGCAGAUAUAAGGAACGAAUUUAUGUAAAAAUGCAUUUGAAACACACAUUUGAAGCUUAAUUUUAUUAAAUAAUGAAAUCAAUAGACUAUAUUUUGUAUUGUCAUGUUUCAAAGUAAAAAACUAUCUGCGCAAAGUGUAGUUUCUAAAAUUAGAUCUAGAUCCUUUCGAUCUUUUCAUGUAAAUAUGGUAAACAUAGCCUAGAUUGAUGAAGUUAUAAUGCUUUCAUAGAGUUGGUAAACUUUUUUUUUGAGGGUCUUAAGUUUGUUUUAGGGCUACAAUACAUACACUAUGAUCUAAGUUAGUACCCAAGGAACAUUUCUAUCAAGUUUUAUCAAGAUUGGUCAAACGGUUUUGAUUUCUAUUCAUUACAUACAUACAUACAUACACUCUAUUUUUUACUUUAUAUAAUAGAUAUAAACUUUUUUUCCUAUUAUUCCAUAUGGAUAUGUUGAAUGCUUUGAGCUUUUCUGUAUGUGCUUAUUGUAAAAUGGGUCAAGGUUAGCUUUACAGGCAUGGCUGUGUUUAUGACAAUUUUAUUUCUGUUGUUUUAAUUGUGAUUAAGAAGAUUUCUUCAUUUACUAAUUACCAGUAGUCAACAUUUUUCAUCCUUUUUAGUUUUUCAUUAUACAUAUAAUUUUGUUUUUGUGUGGAUUAGUUUUGUACAUAUUUUAUUUAGCCACAAGAAAAAUGCAUAUUUGUUUUGUUUUUUUGUUUGUAUGUUUUAAGUGUAGAUUUUAAGGCAGCUGAUACAGAACAAAUACAUAGAACUAUAUUAACGUUAGAUUUCUGUGACAUUAAAAUAUUUAAUACUUUAACUGACAUAAAAUAGAGAACCUGGUUGUAUGUGGCUUCAGAACAAGACAGUUGGAAGUCACCUACAAAGGCCAUGAGAUGCACAUUUGAGACCAAAAGAAAAUCCAAUGCCAAGGACAGGCGUAGAUGGUGAAAAGAAAAUCUAAAUUGACCACUGGCAGAGUGGCAAAACAUGUAGGUCACAGCUGGGGCUGCGUAUACAUGGAAAAUACUGUAUUCCUCAUUAAUUGAAGACAAGCCUUAUUAUUAUUAAAAUAUUUAGUUUACCAUCAGUGAUAUCUCAUUUUCAGUGUUUUUGAAAGAUGAAUAAAAUGUGGUGUUUUUUUUUGUAUGUUCUAGGUUUGGAGAUGUGUAACAGUGUAAUAUUUCUCUUUGUAGUAUUAAAAAUAAAAGCAAGCAAUACCAAAUAUUUAUUUUUUUGUUGGUAUGACUAAAAUAUUUGAGAACUUGGAUGCUCAUUUUAUUAUUACUUAACAUUUUUGUUUGUUUUGGCACCUGUAUUUACAAAAGAUAAUAAAUCUUAGACUAUAUUUUUUACCAUUGAAAUAAAAUAUGAAAUUAAAAAAAAAAUGUUGUUAAAAAAAUCUGUUACCAUGAUAAUUUUGCUUUUAUGGGAUUGUUAUAAUUGUAUUAAAAUUGUAUUUAAAUUUAAAAUGUAAAUAAACCUGUAUAUGCCAUAUACUUGAAUGUUAAACUAAAAAAAAUGGAGCUGUUUUAACAAAGUUUGAUAUCUGUGUAUGGUCAGUAUUUAUCAAAUAUCAUAUUGUAAGAAAUCUGCAAUAAAAAUGUCCAAAGAAUAAAGUCAUCAAAUAAAUGAAAAAAACAAAACAAA